AUGCUGACCUACUUUUUUUUUCCAGAUCCCAGAGUCAAUGGCUGGCCGAUGUUGUCCAGUCCAUUUCCGACGUUGUUUAUUUGUCUAUUCUAUGGUUACUUUGCCAAGACGCUUGGGCCAAGACUGAUGGAAAACCGAAAACCUUUUCAACUUAGAAAAGUUCUCAUAAUUUACAAUGCAAUACAAACAAUGUUCAGCGCUUGGAUAUUCUAUGAAGUAAGUACAUAUUGCUUGCCACGUGGCCACAGUACUUUCUUUGCGUUGCUCAACACGUUCGUGCACAUCGUUAUGUACUUCUACUACAUGGUGUCGGCUAUGGGACCUAAAUACCAAAAAUACAUUUGGUGGAAGAAGUACCUCACCUCAUUCCAGAUGCUACAGUUCGUGUGCAUUUUCGUCCACCAGUUCCAACUGUUGUUCCGUGAAUGCAACUACCCGAAGAGUUUCAUGGUUUGGAUAGGCUUGCACGGCGUCAUGUUCUUGUUCCUAUUUUCAGACUUCUACAAAUCCAAAUACACCAGUGAUGGUAAACGGAGACCUGCAAACGACGGAGCUUGUAUGCCGGUGGAAGGAGCGAGUUACAGCAAGUGUUCCUCCAACGAACACGACAACGUAGUGUACUAUUCAAACGGCAUCGUCAACGGUUUCAAAACGACUGAAGACGCCAAAACCAAAUAGUGAUGGUCCAAUACGAUUAAACGUUCCUAACCGAAUGGAGGAGAACAGCUGGCGGAUAUAAUAUGACACAAUCACCAAUAAUAAAAAGCACACUCAAAAAUAAUAAUAAUAAUAAUAAUAA